AAAUGUCCUUUCUGUUCUUUUCCUUUUCAGAGCAGACAUUGCCUUGAUCGGACUGGCCGUCAUGGGCCAGAAUCUCAUCCUGAACAUAAACGAUCACGGCUUCGUGGUCUGUGCAUUCAACAGGACUGUCUCCAAAGUGGACGAUUUCCUAGCCAAAGAAGCCAAGGGGACAAAAGUGAUCGGCGCUCACUCGCUGGAAGAGAUGGUCUCAAAGCUGAAGAAACCACGCCGGAUCAUCCUCUUGGUGAAAGCUGGGAGCGCGGUGGAUGAUUUCAUCAACAAACUGGUGCCACUGUUGAGUCCUGGGGAUAUCAUUAUUGAUGGUGGAAAUUCUGAGUAUAGAGACUCGACGAGGCGCUGCAAGGAGCUCAAGGAGAAAGGCAUCUUGUUCGUGGGGAGCGGGGUUAGCGGUGGCGAAGAGGGGGCCAGGUACGGCCCCUCACUUAUGCCAGGGGGAGCCAAAGAGGCAUGGCCUCAUAUCAAGACCAUCUUUCAGAGCAUCGCGGCCAAAGUAGGCACCGGGGAACCCUGUUGUGACUGGGUAGGAGAUGAAGGGUCCGGCCAUUUCGUGAAGAUGGUGCACAAUGGGAUUGAGUACGGGGACAUGCAGCUGAUCUGCGAGGCCUACCACCUCAUGAAGGACGUGUUGGACAUGGACCAUGACGAAAUGGCCAAGGUCUUUGAGGAAUGGAACAAGACGGAACUGGACUCCUUCCUGAUAGAGAUCACGGCCAACAUCUUGAAGUACCGGGACGCCGAUGGCAAGCAUCUGCUCCCCAAAAUCCGGGACAGCGCCGGCCAGAAGGGCACCGGGAAGUGGACGGCCAUCUCGGCCCUGGAGUACGGGGUUCCUGUCACUCUCAUUGGGGAAGCUGUCUUUGCCCGGUGCUUGUCUUCCCUUAAAGACGAACGAGUACAGGCAAGCAAGGUGCUGAAUGGACCCAAAGCGAGCAAGUUCAGCGGAAAUAAAACAGCAUUUCUGGAGGACAUUCGCAAAGCCCUCUAUGCUUCCAAGAUCAUUUCCUAUGCGCAAGGCUUCAUGUUAUUCCGUCAGGCCGCCAAAGAGUUUGGCUGGACACUGAAUUACGGCUCCAUCGCCCUGAUGUGGCGGGGUGGCUGCAUCAUCCGAAGCGUGUUUCUGGGCAAAAUCAAAGAAGCGUUUGACCGAAAUCCUGACCUCCAGAACCUACUCCUGGAUAACUUUUUUAAGACAGCUGUGGAGAACUGUCAGGAGUCGUGGCGACGUGCCAUCAGCACUGGCGUACAGCUGGGGAUCCCGAUGCCAUGCUUUACCACGGCGCUCUCUUUCUACGAUGGGUACAGACAUGGGACCCUCCCAGCGAACCUGAUUCAGGCUCAACGGGAUUAUUUUGGUGCCCAUACGUACGAACUGGUGUCGAAACCGGGCGAAUUCAUUCAUACCAACUGGACCGGGCACGGGGGCUCUGUCUCCUCUUCCGCGUAUAACGCCUAGAUUAAAGAAGAUCAAACCCAAAAGUCAACCUACUGUAGAGCUGUAACAUUCCUUCUCUGCUGGCUGUUGGAUCUGUAUAAUGAGCACUUUUCCUAGAAAUAAAUGUUAGGGAUUGCUGUUGUUUUUUUGUAAAGAAAUUGUUACGUCUUGUAAAAGAGCAAAUAUUAAACGAACAAAAAAAAA